AUGAGUAAUGCAAGGCCAAUCUCGUCUAUAAACUUGAAUCCGAGCGUUCAGAAGAAGUUACGAGAAGCCGGCUACAAGACAGUUCAAGAUUUAAAGGAGACCACACCAGUGUUAUUGAGCAAAGAAUUGGACAUAUCGAAUCAAGAAGCACAGAUGAUAUUACAACAAGUAACAGAAAGUGGUGAAAGGGUAUCCUCGGUUUCUGUAUCCGAAGUGGCGCAAAAACAAAAAUUCAUGAUAACUACGUUCUGUCAUGGUCUUGACAUGUUAAUUGGAGGAAGGGGAAUUGCCUUAGGACAAAUAACCGAGUUCUGUGGUGUUCCUGGCGUUGGUAAAACGCAACUUGGAAUUCAGCUCUCCGUCAACGUCCAAAUACCUCGAAGCAUGUCUGGCGCCGAGGGCGAAGCUAUAUAUAUUGACACCGAGGGCAGCUUCAUUGUUCAACGGGUCGUCGAAAUAGCAAAUGGAACAAUAGAAAAGCUAAAUGAAUCUUCUGAUGGAAAAAAUGAUUUACCCUUGGACCUCGAAACCGUUCUUUCACGGAUUCAUUAUUUCAGGGCUCAUGAUUAUAUAGAGCUACUUGCCCUCAUUAAAAUCAUGGAUCAAUUUCUGAAGGAGCAUCGAACGGUUAAACUAAUUGUCAUAGAUUCAAUAGCGUUCCCUUUUCGACAAAAUUUUAGCGACAUGAUGCUUCGAACCCGGUUACUGAAUAUGAUAGCUCAAGAUCUGGCGAUUAUAGCAGAAUCUUUUGAAAUCGCGGUCGUUCUAUUGAAUCAAAUGACCACAAGGUUCGGAAAUUCGGGUAAUUCAGAUAAAGUGACUUUGGUUCCGGCGUUAGGUGACAGCUUCAAUAACAAAUGCCCAAACCAGAUAAUACUUUAUUGGCGUGAGGAUAUGCGGUUUGCACAUUUGGUUAAAUCUGCCAGUUCACAAGAAGCGACAGUGCAAUAUCAGAUCACAACAAGUGGGAUUCGUGAUUGCCCUUCGAAUUGGCCAAUUCGAAAGCGCUAUCGGGAGGACGAUUAA